AUGGCCUCAUCCCGGAACCCCGAUGCACUGGCGGCGCCGGCGCUGACUCCGGCGCCCGCGGCGGUGGCGCUGGAUGCGCAGGCCCAAAACCCUAGCAUUGCUCCCGGCGACCCGCCGUCGCCGGAGAUGGAGACCACGGCGGAGGCGCUCACGCGGGAGGAGGUCCUCCGGCGGCGCCGACGCCGCGCGACCCGGCUAGCCGGUGUGUACCGCCGGCUCUACUGGGCCAUGGCUGAGGAGGUGCGCGCGCGGCACCGGCAGUACGUCUGGGACCUCGCCCGGAGCCCACUGGAGGCAGAGCAGCCGCCAGCCCCUCCAGGCGGCCCCAUCCCGGCGGCCGGGGAGCCGCCGAGGCCGGCGCCGGUGCCGAGGAGAAAGAAGUGCGGGUUCACAGGGUGCAAGGUGCGGGCCAUGGCCACGACCCGCUUCUGCCACUCCCACAUCCUCUCGGAUCCCAAACAGCUGCUGUACAAGCCCUGCGCGUACAUCACCAAGAGUGGGCUACAGGGUGGGCUUGUCACCUGUGGUAGGCCGAUCAUAAAGUCUGCAGCUCCCUCCCUCUGUAAUAUUCACUUGCAAAGAUGUCAGAAAAGCAUUGCACAAGCUUAUAGGAAGGAGUUGCUUCUUUUGAAACCGAUGGCCAUGGCUUUGAGCUUGGGCGGUGGUGGUAGGAGGAGAUGGUCGUGCCGAGCAGCGCGCAGGCCGGGGAACGGAGGGGCAGGCUGCCGCCAUUUCCACGUCCACUACCACAUCCCUCGCCAGGUCUGGGCAUUCUCGCCUCCCCUGUUGCCGCCUCGCUUCCUGCUGUUGUCUUAUCUGCUGAUCCUUCCGGUGCUUUUCUUGGUGGUGCUCGCCUUUCUCGUGUGUUUCGGCUGGCUCACCCUUGUCUAUCUUGCGUCGUCGCUGUGGAGCCGGAGCGUGGAUCGCGCCGGCGAUGCCAAUGAAUUUGGCGGAGAAGACGAACGGGAGGAGAGACCUGUGAAGCUUGUGACAGAGCAUGCUGGUCAUUCUGGUCUCUCAAAAGUUUGUGUUGAAGAGAAGGAGAUAAAAGAGGUUGAAGAUGGAUUCUCUGAGGAAUGUCGGUACAUAUCAAGGAUGGCUUCAACAGGAAUCUGUAUCAACGAUGACGAGCGAGCCAAUGAUGAGAAAAUUGUCAAAGAAGUGAUGAUGUUUGAGCCAUGUAAAGCAUUUGCUGAGUUGGAUGGUUCUACAGAGAAGCAUCAGCUGCUAAUGGACAUUCCAAUUGAUUGUUUUCUACAAGAGGUUAACACCAAAGAGUUCAGCAUCUCACUUAAUAGUACAACCAAAUUACUUGAUGUGUUGUCAAUUGGUGAAGUAUUUGAUGCAAAUACGAAGGAAAUAUCAUGUUUGAGUUCAACAGAUAUUUGGAAAUUUAUUCACAAGCAUGAUACUGCAGAAAUACCAGUUAACAGUGCUGGGACUGAUUUUGUGAUUCCAGAGGUAACGUCCUCAGUUGAUUCAACCCCCCAUGGCCUUGGAGAUGAAUAUAUGGAGAUCAAACCAGAACAGAGCCUAGCAGAAUUAUCAGUUGACACUGUUCCUGAAAAGCUAGCUGAAGACGUCACUGAUGAAUGGCAAGAAACACAAACUUUAGUUAUUGAGCAUAACAACAAGCAGCAGCUUGAAGCAGCCUCCAAUGAAGAAUACAGAAAGCAGAUUGUUGUAUUUCAGAUGAAUCUCAUGAUUCUGUAUGUGAAAUAG